AUGGCCACUGGCUUACCCACAUAUAAAGUGAUACUAUGUGGAGAAUAUGGGGUAGGAAAAAGUUCAAUAUUUCGAAGGUUUAUGAACAAUACGUAUGUGGUGUCCAAUGAAAAGAAGACUACUAUAGGUUUAGAUCAAGCAUCAAGAAUUGUUAAUGUAAAUGGAACAGAUGUCAAGUUAUUAUUAUGGGACACGGGUGGAAUGGAAAGAAUGAGUUUUAUAGGAUCAAGUUAUUAUCGGGGAGCCCAGGCAGCGUUAUUGUGUUAUAGUGUUAAUAAUAAGGAAACAUUUAAUAUCUUAUCUCAGUAUAUCCUUGACAUUGUCAUGAAUGCCGAGGGAGCGAAAAUAUUUCUGUGUGGUAACGUUAUGGACUGUGGUGAUGAUAAGGAAAAGGUCACAGAAGCAGACGUUGAUAGAUUCACGGAGGAAUGUGAUAAUGUGUUAUCAGGUGUAUAUAAAGUCUCGUGUAGAGACAAUAUAGGAAUUAAUGAAAUGUUUAAAGAUAUUACAGAGAAAUUACAUGAAAUGAGUGUAAAUAAAAUGACAUUACGGAGAGAUAUGGUAAUACGCCCCGGUGAAACACCUGAAUUAACCAAAGAUACUUCGAAGAAGAGAUGUUGUUGA